AUGGCCUCUCUCCUUAGUACCGUUUGGUUCAUCGCCCAGGUCGCCACCGUCUCGGGCUUAUCUUUCAACGUCCCAUCAUCGCCGCCGUCCAACUCAAGCGCCCAGCUUGCCGGUGCCCCUGUAGGCGUUUCCUUCGAGUUCUUCGCUUUCCCGGGCUACUGGAACGAUGUCCCUAGCACCUCCACCUGUCUGCAGAACUUGAAGGAUCUUUCGGGAACUUGGCCGCCCAUCAGGAUCGGAGGAACGACGCAGGACCGAGCUACCUACAAUGCAUCCUCUAGCCAACAAGUCACUUACACAGUGGCCAACGCUGGAGAUGCGCCAAGCACACUAACCUUCGGCCCGUCAUUCAUGUCCUUGGCAGGCACAUACGAUGGGCAAGUAACCAUAGGCUUCAAUCGUCGACUCAACAACCUUGCAAACACCGUCGCUGCAGCAUCCAAAGCAGUGAAUCAAAUCGGCAGCCUUCAUGCCAUUGAGCUUGGCAACGAACCCAACUUUUUCAGCAGCAGUGACCCUAUUGCCCAAGGCUCUUCCUGGACAGCGUCAGCGGACUACGCCAGCGAGGUAUCCUGGCAAGACGCCGUGUGCGGCAAUCUCUCCACGUCUAACCUCAUCUCAGCUGGUGUGUUCUUCGGAACCAGCCCGAUGAGCAUCGCUGGUCUGACUGCAGCCGAGGGCCAGGCCAACAGCUAUGUUAGACAGUACUGCUCUCACAAUUACCCGCAGUCCAAGAGCACUGCCAAUCUAGCAACGUUGAUGAGCCACAGCGCUAUUGCAUCCCAGAUCAAGCCUUUCGCAAAAGAAGUCGCAGCUGCGGCGGCGAAGAACAAGCCUCAUGUGUUUGGAGAGACUAACUCUGCCACUCAGGGCGGUGGCGGCAUCAGCCCAACUUAUGGUGCUGGACUCUGGCUUCUCGACUAUGUCAUGCAAGCCCUGAUCAUGGGAACAGAGACUUUGUACUUCCACCACGGCACCAUCGGAAAUUGCCAGUACUGCUGGUGGGGAAAGUACUCGAUGGGAUCCCCCUAUUUCGGAGCCUACUUUGCCACGAUGGCUCUCGCUGGCGCCGACAAGAUCGCCCCCUUGGAUGAUCAGACAACCGGAUACGCAGCAUAUGCCAUCUACAAAGAUAACAAGCCGAUCAGGGUUCUUCUGUAUAACUCUGAUUACUACACCAGCGGCUCUCGUCCUUCUCAGACUUUUACCCUCUCCGGGCUUUCUGGCUCGACGGUUUCGGCCAAGAGGCUCACUGCUGCUGCUUCAACAUCCAGAGUCGAUGCUGGUCAGAGCCCGACUGUUGCUGGGCAGACGUUUGAGAAUGGAUCGUGCAAGAUUCAGGGUCAGAGCACGGUUGAGUCGGCCACUGUUUCGGGGGGAAAGGCGACAUUUACUCUUCAGGCGUCGGAAGCUCUACUGGUGUCGCUUUAA